AGCGGCAUCGCCGCUUACAACAUUGACAUCUCUAGGCCCGCAGAGAGGAAGUCCUGGGCCCCUAACCUUGAAACCUAAAUACAAUGUUUCCGUUUACCCACUGGGAAAGUAGGAUAUGAAUCUAUUCAAACGCCCGGCGGCACUGUUGAGCUGUUUUCCUACAAGGCAUCCACCCAGACUGUCGGACAAUGUUUACAAACAGUGCCCUUUGGAUAUAAUCCGGGAGCUCUACAGGCCGCUGAUUGCUGUAGACGUUUUCCUGAAAAAUCUACAUUUGCGGCGCUACAGACUAUACAGCACCAGCUCGAAGGAUGCGGCCGCCAAAUUCAACAAGCGCAAAGACGAGCUGAAGGCGUACGUCGACUACAAAAAGGAGAAAUUGCGCGACACUGAGCUAAGGAUCAAGGAGCGCGGAAAUGUGCUGUUGCAAGACCUCAAAGACACCAAAACGAAAGUGCGGGAGCGGGUGGAGGAGAUAGUGGUGAAGGAGAACAUCUACACGAUUCCAAACCUGUUGUGUAUCACUCGAAUGGCGGCCUCGCCUUAUUUGGGGCUUCUAAUCGUGCACGGCGACUUUGACUGGGCCCUGGGAGUCCUGGGCUUUGCCGCUGUAACGGACCUGCUAGAUGGGUGGAUAGCCAGGACUUGGGCCUCCCAGUCAUCGAAAAUGGGCAGCUUUCUCGACCCCAUGGCCGAUAAGAUACUGAUUGCCACGUUGUUUCUCACCCUCACCUAUGCGGAUCUCAUCCCUUUCCUACUAACAGGCCUGAUUAUCACUCGGGACGUCCUGCUAGUGAUUGCUGGAUUUAUUAUCCGUUACAAGUCUCUACCGCCCCCUAGGACGUUCCUGCGGUAUUUUGAUGCCACUCACGCCACUGCCCAACUAGAGCCGACCUUUAUUAGUAAAGUAAAUACUGCAGUUCAGUUGCUGCUGGUGGGCACCACCCUGGCAGCCCCGGUUUUCGAUUUCGUUAACCAUCCAGCCCUUCAGGGACUGUGGUAUGUUACUGCUGGCACAACAGUCGCAGCUGCUCUGAGUUACAUCUUAUCGAAAAACACUUAUAAAAUAUUAACCAAAGCGCCACAGCCCAGAUCUAAAUAGGCGCCGACGGCAGUACAAAUGCGCUGUGAGAUUUUUGUAUAAACUAAUAAUCCGUUAUCACAAAGAA